CUGUAUUUUAUAACCAUUCAUUGUACAUAUAUACUGAUAACAGAUGAUAUAAAGAAAAGCGAACCGGCUAUUGCUAGUUAUUAUAAGCGUAUCGUAAAGUUAAAUUACCUAACCUAAUUUUUGCUCUUCAUUGACAGAAUGCAGCCAGAAUUAAAACAACCAAAAAUUGUUGUUCUUGGAUCUUGCAGUGUCGAUUUUACAACAUAUUGUCCUCGGCUCCCUAUGCCCGGCGAAACACUUCAUGGGACCCGAUUUAUGACAAGCUAUGGGGGAAAGGGAGCCAAUCAAUGUGUAGCUGCAUCUAAACUAGGCGCAAAUACCUAUAUGAUUAGUAGAGUGGGCGAUGACCAAUGGGGUAAACAAUAUAAAGAACAUUUAAGUUCUUUAGGUGUAGACGUAUCCCAUAUUCACGUAACACAUAAAGUUACGACCGGAAUUGCACAAAUUUCAGUAGCGGAAAACGGUGAAAACCAAAUAGUAAUCGUAGGCGGUGCUAAUAACUUUUUAAGUAAAUCUGAUGUAGACCUUGCUAAGGACUUGAUAAAAAAUGCAGAUAUACUUAUUGGACAACUGGAGACACCAUUUGAAACUACGCUAGAAGCAUUUAAACUAAAUACCGGUAUUAAAUUGCUUAAUGCAGCUCCUGCUAGAACUGAUAUUGAAGCUAUAUUACCUCAUUGUACUAUUUUGUGUGUUAAUGAAAUUGAAGCUUCUUUUAUAGUUGGUUUUAACGUCGAAAUACCUAAUGUGAAAGUAGCACUUAAAAAAAUAUUAGAAAAGGGCUGUGAUACAGUCAUCAUUACAUUAGGUGACAAAGGCGCUGUUUACUCUUCAAUAAAUUCAUCAGAUUGUGUCCAUGUUUUUUGUGAAAAAGUGACACCUAAGGAUACGACAGGUGCCGGUGACGCCUUUGUUGGUGCCUUAGCUACGUUUCUUAUGCAUUAUAAAAAUAAACCUUUGCAUCAAGUUGUUGGCGCGGCGUGCGAAAUAGCUACUUUGUCUGUUAUGAGGGAAGGAACCCAAACAAGUUAUCCUGAAAAUCAUAGAUCCUUUGCUGAAGAAUAUAGCUUCAUGAUUCUUUGAUCUCAAAUCAUUGUAAAAUUAUUUGUACAAAUAAAAUAUGCUUUAUUGUUGA